CUUUUCCCAUAUUCUCGCAUUGAUUUACAAAUAGAACACAAGCACGAGCGCAAAUCGUCGCUGUACGAAUUGAUACCGGAUACUUGAAGCGUCAUAAAGCCUCGUAGAAUACAUUCAGAAAAAAAAGUACAAUCUCCGAACGAGCGCGUUUUUCUCAAAAAUAAAAUGUUCGUCACACAGAUCAGUGCCCCAGCCUCACAGCCCAGGCCCCACAUCCCUCUGCUGUCUUUCUCUCGAACUACUUUCAGUGCAAGAAGUUUCAGUGUUUCUGGCGGGAGUCAGAAGGUUUGGGCGUAUAAAGGCACUACAAAGCAUCGCCAAGUUACAUAGGUUGUACGUUUGAAACAGGCGUGAUUAAUGAGCAGCUGUCUGGUACACGUUCUUUUUUCUCUGCCCUGCAAAGUAGGGUCAGCGGGCGCAUGGCACGGGUUACAGAAAGUCACCUGCAUGCAGAGAAUGUUGCACCGGAUAAAAGCUUCCGAGACCUGGUGCCCAUGGGCCAUAGGGAAGAGGGGCAGCACCCGAAAGAGGAGAUCGUGCACAAGAACCCGCUGCUGAGGGUGCUGAGCCUGCAGGCGUUCCGCUCAAAGUCGGCCAAGAAGGGCACUGUGGCAGAGGAGCAUGAGGUGGCCCCGCGCCCGUCGAGAAGGAGCUUAACCCUGCUGCCGUUCAAGCGACGGGCCUCGUUGGACCGGAAACAAGUAGGGGAUAAGAAGGAAGGGAUCGAGCACAAACAAGUCGUGGACGAAUCCCCUUCUUUGGACGCUGAGUUAUCGGAAGAGGAGGGUGAACUCAGCGCCCCCAGUGAUGACAUCAUGUGUACAGAGCCAGCGGGGGCGGCAGCGCAUCCGGAAGGCAGUCAAAAGGGGCUGGUGCCACGAAUGCUUGGGCUGUUGAGGAGUGGGUUAGCAGCAACCGGCGACUUGACCAAGCUGCAAGUGCCCCCCCAAUUCAACAUGCCCAAGAGCCAGCUGCAGCUGUAUGGAGAGGCCAUCUAUGCUUGCAACCAGACAUUCCUUGCUGCGUGUACCGAGGGGGCUUCCCCGCUCGAUCGCCUCCUCGCUGUCGUCCGGUGGCACCUGUCCACCGUGCGCUCUCCUCUCUUUGGGAAAGCCCCGUACAACCCCAUCGAGGGUGAGACCCACCACGUGUCUGCGGGGGGACUGCGCCUGCUAGCCGAGCAGGUCUCGCACCACCCCCCCGUUUCUGCCAUUUAUGCUUCCCACCCCUCCAAGCAGACUCGCGUGCUCUGGCAGCACCAGGCCGCGCCGCGAUUCACGGGAAGUGCAGUGGAAGUCGCAAUCAGGGGGCGGCGGCGCCUCUUCCUGGAUGCGCAUGGGGAGGUCUACGAGCUGGACUCUCCGAACCUGAGCUUCCGGUUGCUGCCGACGCCCCUUGCGCAGUGGACAGGGCACACGCGGGUGGUGUGCGAGGCUUCGGGGCUGGUGGCGCUCGUGCAUUUCAGGGCCAAGGGAGCGUUUGGGUGGGGGAAGGGCCAGGGCGUAAGCGGGAAGGUGGGCAGGCUGGGGGCCGACGGCGGAAUAAAGAAGGGAGGGGAGAUGCUGACCAUCGAGGGCCACUGGGACGGGCUGGUCCACUACUCCGUGAAAGGAAGUAAGAAGUCGAUGACCCUCCUGUACGACAGCGCCGCAGCGCUCCGCGGCAUCCACGCUCCGCAAGUCGCUUCCAAGACCGACGUGGCACAGCUGGAGUCGUGCCGCGUGUGGGCGCCCCUCUCCAAGGCUCUUCUCGCCAGCGACUGGGAGACUGCGCGGAAGACGAAGAAGGGAAUCGAAGACAGGCAGCGGCGGAUCAGGCGGGAACGGAAACAAGGCGGCGGCGCUUUUGUGCCUGCCUAUUUCAGAGAGAAGGAACCGGGGGAGUGGGUGUGGAAGGGGCCAGGAACGGAGGUGCAGGAUGCUCCGCUGGUUUUCUGAUUGUUUACAUUUGUUACAAUUGCGGCACACGAAAAUCUAUAGGGGAUUGUUGAGCAUGCUUUUCCGACCAGCCCAGAAUGCUUGAUUGUUUGUUAGUUACCUGAGCCUCAGUUUGUACAGAUUUGAUAGAACGCUGUUUAGAUACAUCCGUUGAGUAUGGAGAGUCGCAAAUAAUGGUCGGUACCACCUUCAUUCUGGCUCGGAAAUGAGCUUUGACGUUUGGAGAGUUCUAAUCCAAUUACAAAAGAUCGCGAAAUAAAACCAAGGUUUUUGUCCGGCAAAAUGGAACACAAUAUAUAGGACUAAAUACACUAGAGCUCUUUACCAACACUUUUGCUAACAUUGAACAUGUUCGCCAUGAGGAAAAUAAGUUGUAGCUCGACAUACACUGACUUUUUGGACCUUCUGACCGAUCAGAUACUUCAACCUUGCAUGUGUCGGAUUCGCCGUAUACAUAGUACACC